GUUGUUGUGGUAUCUUAGUGCGAAUGAUCUGGGAAUGGUGUGUACAUCUUAUAGAGGAAAGAUGAGGAUGUCUUUGGAGAGUUUUCUACUCGCGUGCCUCCUCGGUACGGUUGCCGCCGUACAUAACGGGACAAACUGUUCGGAUGUCCGGCGUGUAUUUGUCACGAAAGGAAUUGGCCAGGCGAACAUUGUACCGGAUACUUGGACAAAAGGUGAUGCAUUAGAAUUGUGCCCAUCCAGUCAAACAUGCUGCUCAAGAUCUAUGGAAACUCAAUAUAAAGAUGCUGUUAAGAGAGACUUUAAACAUCUAUUGCAAGACGCUGGAUCGUAUCUUAAAACACUAAUUACAACAAGCGCUACGAAAUUCAGAGAUACAUUUCUGCAAAUGGUACAGAUUGCUGAAAACAGCACAAAUGCUUUAUUUGUGGAUGUCUACAAAUCUCUGGAAAGCCAAGCUCGGGUCCAUCUCGGCCAACUAUUUGCUGACAUGUUGGCAUACCUGAGUGGACAAGACGUGGACUUAGAAGAACGUGUUAAUUCUUUCUUUGACUCUUUAUUUCCUUUAGCCUAUCAACAUGCCAUUAAUGCCAAUCCAAAAGACUUUAGCAAUAACUAUAAAGAGUGCUUGCGCAAUGCCCAAAUGGAAAUCCAGCCCUUUGGAGAUUUACCAGAUAAGAUAUCUACCCAAAUUACUCGAUCCUUUGAAGCAGCAAGGACUUUUCUGGAUGCUCUUCAAUUAGGGGUCGAAGUCAUCAACAGCACGGAGCAUAUGGAUUUUGGACCUGAUUGUAGAAAAGCAUUAGUACGCCUCACCUAUUGUCCGCAAUGUCAGGGAAUCUUAAACGCUAAGCCGUGUGCAGGCAUGUGUCUCAAUAUAAUCCGAGGCUGCUUGGCCAGUGUCUCCGAGUUGGAUUCGUCUUGGAGUGAAUAUAUUAGUGCUCUAGAGCGAUUAACAUCUGGAAUGGUAGGCAUCUACAACAUCGAACAAGUUCUCCGUUCUUUGGACACAAAAAUUUCAGAAACUGUUAUGUUUGUCUCGGAAAACUCCGUUGAAGUCACAAAGCGGGUGAAACAGAAAUGUGGUCAUCCCAGGAGAGUAACCCGUGAAGUUGCUCCCCCAACAGCCUUUCCCCCUCAAGUGGAACCCUCGACUUCAAGAUUCAUCGUUUCAGAGACGAGUUUGUACAUGAUGCUGCAGAACUUCAUUCAUAAAGUCGCGGAGUCUAAAGAAUUCUAUUCGAACUUAGCGGAUCGGCUCUGCAGUGAUAGCAACCUUGUCCGGAAAGGAGAACUUCAGUGUUGGAACGGCGACGGACUUGCUGAAUACACUAAAACUAUAGCUGGAAUUGGGAUCUCGGCACAAAAAUACAACCCAGAAAUGAAACCUCCGGCUGCACGUGACGUCACUAUUAAAACUUUAUCUGACAAGCUACACCAUGUUAAGCAAGUUCUAAGUAGUCGGGUGACGUCAGUCCCUCAGUCGGAUUCCUCCGUGAUGCUGGAAGGCAGUGGAAGUGGUAGUGCCUUCACAGACGAUGAAGACUACGCAGGUGCAUCCGGCAGUGGGGACUUCCAGAAAGGGGAUAAAACGGAUCUUCAUUUUGAUAGGGACGAAGGAAAUGCUCCUGUAGCCAGUGCCCAUAGACACAGUUUGUCCAUCGUCCUUGUUAUCUACUUCUUCUUUCAUCUCUUAAGAAGGCAAUGAGGAACACAUGUUUAGCAAUACUUUCACGAAACUGCAACUCGAUAAUGCGCACAUUUCCAAUAGCACCGCAUAACUGUGUGCUAACGGUUCGUUCCUUGCUUUCCGUAGCUAGCAAUUUUUUCUCCUUUUUUAACUAAAUAAAGUGGUGGUUAAGGACCUAUUUCAGAUAAUCUCAUGGCAAAAAUAAACGGAAACACCAAGG